GAAAAACGUGAUUACUGUUCCGUUGUUCAGGAAAGGCUAGUCCGUAGCCCAAAUGCUCCAGUGCGAAGGGUACCUCAAUAACUACUCACGGUUUACUUCAACUUUUGCUAGAUGGCGAUGCAGGUUCAUCAACCUCUAGCGUCAGAAAUCGAACUAUUCUGUGCCUUUUUGUCACGUGAUUUUCAUUGUUUACCGUGUUUUAACGUUGGAAAGGUGUAUCUGAGUUUUCAUCGUCUCAACAGUAUUUUGUUUUUGUUUUUUCUAUUGUUGUUUUUACCUCCGCCCUUAUUAUCCAUGUGCAGUUUUUGCACUGCUUCAUUGCCUACACGGGAUAUCAGUUGUUGCACUUGGACUUAAAAUAAGGUACCGGGUUAGGAUUAUGCCCAAGCUCACUGCUAGUAAGUUUAACUUAAAACACUGGUCUUGUAAACCAGAAAUAAUAUCAAUUUUAAGACAUCAAAAAGAUAGGUACCUACAUCCUAAAACAUACUUUUGGAAAACCUGUCGAAUCAUUAUGGAAAAAGUCAUUUUUAGAGGCAGAAGUAUGUAUGAUUUGUGUUUGCACUUGAUGUUUUUUUUUUGCAUUUUCAAUUAACAGCCCAGUGUCACAGGAUUACAUUUACAACAUAGUGUAGCAUCUACAUAACUUAGCAUUAAUGUCAUUUUGCUUCAGUUUACCAGCUUUUAAUGUGUUUGUUUUUACAUUUCAGAAAGAGUUUCCAGUCUGAAAAGUUGAAGAACUUUAUGCAGCCUUCACGUUAUUUAACAAAAAUAAUCUUCAAGAAGUUCGUACAAGAUCCCUCAUUAACUGCAAAUGUUCUGCAAGAAAUGGAUGUGAAAUUUACUGAGAUGCUUUCACUUCUAAACAUACUAAAUGAAGAAUUUAUUUAAUGAUAUUUUAUGGGGAGCUAUGCAAGCUGGCCAGCUCCGAAAUCCAAAAACUGUUGGCAACUUAUUACUUGUGGGUUCCAUCAUGCUUUUCUAUUGCUCAUUGGGAGCUCGUGAAACUAAAAUUGCCAACGAUGCUGACCUGCAGUCUUCUUGUCAUUUCCACUGAGCCAGUGAAGUUCCAUGAAUUUGUGUCGAGGGAUGAGUGCAAAGGAUGUGGCUCUGAAGGAAGAUUGUUCUCGGCCCACUCAUCAUCUUGCCACAGCAGUCUUCUUUUCCUUUUACUCUACCAGCCAACACACGUAGAAGUGUACCUCAGAACCACUACUCCUUGGACUGCGAACCCUACGUCAUCCAAAAAAUUGCCGGCCUUAAAGUAUUUCCAGUCAUCGGACAACGGGCGUAAGUAAAAAAAAGCUUCUUCUUCAUCUCGCCCGUCAUUGCUUUGCCCGUCGCCGAAUCGCCCGUCAUCACUUUGCCCGUCGCCGAAUCGCCCGUCAUCACUUUGCCCGUCGCCGAAUCGCCCGUCAUCACUUUGCCCGUCGCCCCACCUUCCCGUCGCCCGUCACCCCGUCGUCGCAUCGUGGUCGCCCCGUCAUCGCCUCGUGGUCGCCCCGUCAUCGCCUCGUGGUCGCCCCGUCAUCGUGGUAUCAUUGUUUUGUGUAAUGUGUGUGUAAUGUGUAGUGCUAAUUAACCCGUUGGCUGCCACCCACUUUGAUCCCCUUUUUUUUUUAGCUUGUUAGGGUCCGGCAGCGCUGUUCUACCCAAUGGUCUAUAUGCCAUGGGUGGGACAGUUGCACAAGCCGUGUGGCUCAAAGUCGAUCGUCGAGGCAAUGCACCAUUAGGAACUUCCCCCCUUGUCGAUGCGGUGAUGGUUGCCUGGGGUGUGCAUUCCCGUAAUGGCUUCCAUCAUCGUGUCAGCCCGGACUUGUCUUCGGACAAGUCCCCCUUGGUCGCGAUCUUUCUGAUGGCGAUGUAGCUAGCGUAGUAUGUAGUGGCGUGGCAGCCAACGGGUUAGUUUUAUUUGUGUAUGUAUUGUAUAUUAUGUUGUAUUGUGUUGUGUUGUAAACAAAGUGGUGGAAUUGUGGGUGGAU